CAUACUUCCCAUCGAAGACCCAGAAAAAUGUCCGCAUAGUUUUGAAUGGAAAACUCACUGUUGUUAUUGAUCGUAAAAAUCUGUAAGCGAAGUUCAAACAUUAGUUUGAGGAAAAAAUGGAAGUCGUUCUCAGUUCCAACGCUAACCUAACAUCUUUCUCUGCAAGUUCGAAUACUUGCAGCUAUACUCCCAGAACUUUCAAGCCGGUUCAUAGUUUCAGUAUUCUCAACUUAAACCCCAAAAUUUCCAUUCACAAAUCCAAUUCGCGCCGACGGUCGCUGUUCAUGAUCCAAGCUCAAACCUCCACCAACGGUAGUGUCAGUCUUAACGAAGAAGAAACUUCAGAUUUUAUCAUCAAAGACGUCCCUCACUUGACCAAUUUUCUUCCUGGUUUACAAUCGUAUCCAAAUCCAUUGAGAAAGAUCCAAGCAUAUGCAAUUGUCAAGAAAACAUUUGUCAGCCCUGAAGAUCUGGUGGCCCAAAAGUUUUUUUUGCUUAGGUUGUUGUACAGAAAGAGAGUCCUAGGGGAGUACACUUUCGUCGUGCAGGGCCUCAAGAAAAGGUUUACUUUACGCCAGAUGAAGUGCGUGCCUGUAUUGUGACAUGUGGGGGUUUAUGCCCCGGGAUCAAUACUGUAAUACGUGAGCUUGUAUGCGGUUUGAGUAAUAUGUAUGGAGUUGAAGAUGUACUUGGAAUUCAGGGAGGUUAUAGAGGGUUUUACUCUAAAAAUACAAUUAAGUUGACACCAAAAGUUGUUAAUGCUAUCCAUAAGUCCGGUGGUACCUUCCUGCAAACUUCAAGGGGAGGUCAUGAUACUAACAAGAUAGUUGACAACAUUCAGGACCGUGGCAUAAAUCAGGUUUACAUAAUUGGAGGGGAUGGUACUCAAAGAGGAGCAGCUGCAAUUUACAAGGAAGUUGAAAAGCGUGGACUUAAAGUAGCAGUAGUGGGGAUCCCAAAGACAAUUGAUAACGAUAUUGCAGUGAUCGAUAAAUCUUUUGGAUUUGAUACUGCUGUGGAAGAGGCUCAGAGGGCCAUUAAUGCUGCACAUGUGGAGGUUGAAAGUGUGGAGAAUGGGGUUGGAAUUGUAAAGCUUAUGGGUAGAUACAGUGGAUCCAUUGCUAUGCAUGCAACUUUGGCUAGUCGAGAUGUGGAUUGCUGUUUGAUUCCAGAGUCCCCCUUUUAUUUGGAAGGGCGUGGUGGGUUAUUUGAAUUUAUUGAAGCAAGGCUCAGAGAAAAUGGGCACAUAGUUAUUGUGUUGGCUGAAGGAGCAGGGCAGGAUUAUGUUGCUCAGAGCAUGCAUGCGGCUGAUGAGAGAGAUGCUUCAGGAAAUAGGUUACUUUUGGAUUCUGGUCUGUGGUUGACUCAAAAGACUAAGGAUCACUUCACAACUGCCCUGAACAUGGCCAUCAAUAUGAAGUAUAUAGAUCCUACAUACAUGAUUCGAGCUAUUCCAAGUAAUGGAUCAGACAAUAUCUACUGCACACUUCUUGCUCAAAGUGCCAUUCAUGGAGCGAUGGCAGGAUAUACAGGUUUCACUGUUGGGCCAGUAAACGGCAGACAUGCUUAUAUUCCAAUAAGCCAAGUGACAGAGACCCAAAACACGGUGAAGUUGACAGACAGAAUGUGGGCCCGGGUUCUGGCAUCCACAAACCAACCCAGUUUCAUACAGAUUUGUGACAUGGUUCAAGAAAAAGCCAAUAAAAAACUACUGACCAGAUCAACAUGAAAAUAUUGAUUAUAUAGACAGAGUUGUUCGACUGCUGACGAUCAUAAUUGGUUGCCUUUCUUGCCAUUUCCGUCCGCGGAUCCAAAACACUCUUUUAGGUAUGUGUAACUAACAUGUGUGGCCGUGUGGGUAUGUGCUCACAAAUAUCACACACGCAUGCACAUACACGCACAUUUUAAUAUUUUUGUCUAGUUUGUUUGUUAUUUGAGUCCGGGUGGAUACUGUACUAUUGAAUUUAUUGUGUAGUACUCUGUAAUUUUUAGUGAGAAGUAUAAUGAAUACUUAAACUCAAAAUAAGUUUCAAUAAAUUUCGGAAGCAUUUAAAAAUUUUGGAACAUGAAUAGAUGCAAUUUUCG